AUGCGAGAUAUCUAUCGAAAAGAAGUAGCCAGAGUACCACGUUUAGUUACCUGUAAAAACAAGUCAUUCUGUGCGUUCAAGGAACUUAGCAAGCUAAGUGUACUGGAACUCAAAUGUAUUGCACUCGGCAGAAAAAUGAGUUUACUAGCAAAAUGUAGCAUACUUAGUAAACUGCUGAACAGAAUAUUUCAGCUGUAG